GCUGCAGCGGACGCCAUUUUGAUACUGAACACCGUGGGUGGAUCGGAUCGGGCGCGAAUAGACAGCAAAAUUUACACUCAAACACGUUGAUUUCUUGGUCAGCAAACGCCGAACAGACAUGUCAUCAGAUAACCAGGACACGGAGACGCAUUCGGAGCAGGUGGACGAGACUCAGGAAUCUCAGGACACAAACUCAAACCCUGUGCGGUCAGAGGAGGCCAAGUUGAAAGCGAAGUAUCCCAGCUUGGGUCAAAAGCCAGGUGGCUCUGACUUCCUGAUGAAGAGACUGCAGAAAGGGCAAAAGUAUUUUGACUCAGGAGAUUACAACAUGGCCAAGGCAAAGAUGAAGAACAAACAGCUGCCUGCCGCAGCCGGUCCAGACAAGAACAUCGUUACCGGGGAUCACAUUCCAACCCCACAAGACCUUCCGCAGAGAAAGUCCUCAUUGGUUACAAGUAAACUGGCUGGCUAACAUCACCCGUAGGUUUUUGAAAAAACCCUCUUAGCAAACUUCCUAAACCUCCCCAGCCCUGCCAGACCAGCUUAAUCAGGACUGGUUAUCAAUUUAUCGUUUCACUUGUUUUCAUUUGGGUGUAGAGUUUUGCUGUCAUUUUUGUUUCACUUCAGUAGGUCUAACCAACCCAGCUCUGUUACCCUUUUCAUAUGCUCGGGAAAAACUUAACCCUCAGUACUCCAGGCCCCAGUGGAGCAUGAUGCACUUUACUCUGUGUACCCUGUACAUCAGUCAUAUUACGAACAAAACCCUGAAGACUUUAUAAAACACUGUUAGAUGCUUUCAAAUAAUUUGAAAAAGAUUUAAGAUUUUACAUAGAUAAUACUUGACCGCCAUUGGCCCCAGAUGUACAUUGGCAGCCCUCUAAUCAAAAGGAUGAAUGUUUUAUGAGAAUUUCUUUGAAAAAGUCAGUGAACAAGUGGUUAGAGCAAUAGUGGUAAAGAGUGGCUGUGUAGCCUUCAUCCACUUCUCUACCUCUCGCUCCCUAAGUAUGGCUCAGUUUGACUAUAUAACAGCUGCUUACGACUGGAUUGUUUUACUAUUCUCAGCCUUUACCUUCCAUGGUAGGAUCUAAGCAAGCGGUUCCAAUCAGGCUGAUAAGAUUAUUGUAAUCACAGCUUUUGAGUGUAAACAGAGAAUGUUGUAAUUCACUGAUAAUAGGCAAGAGCAGAAAUGGUCUUUGUAUGUGGCAUGAUAAGGGACUUAAGAAAAUGAUCUUGUCAUAGCGUACAGCAUGCGUCAAAAGUUUGGGUAUGUUAAUAAAAAGUAGUGGCUAUUUGUGUUCAAUCUUACAGGCAUCUGGAGUCAUUGUGCUGUCAUGUACACUGUCAGGAGUGUUUUUAUUAAUAGGAUAAAUGUAUGAUUAUUACACAAUAUCCACAUAUGUAGUAUGAUGCACAUGACCCCUUUGAUCAUCUGGGAUGUAGUCAUCUUGUCUGUCUUAACAAAAUGAGUCUAUUCAGUCCUAAAUAUGUUUGUACAUUCUAAGGAAUGAGGUGCAGAAGGAAAUUUGCAGAAUGGAGCAGCACCUUUGGUUCAAUAUUUGAAAUAUAUAUGUCAGAUCUAAAUAGUAAAAUGCUCUACUUAAACUACUUGAAAAUGUAAAAAGUAUUGGAAAAUAUUACCCAUAGAUUGUUACAGCUUAUUAUUGGGAUUCAAACCAACAUAAAACAUACAAAUGACUGAAUAUUAUAUUCUAUGACCCAUUUUUUUAUUAUCCGUGCUCUUUAAAGAGAUACUUUUCUUAUCAUUUAGCAAAGUGUCCUUCUCCAUGGGACAUGAAUUGAUAAACCUCUGUAGCUUCUUCAAAGUUUAAAGAAGACUGCGCAGGGCUGAUGUAAAUCGUUGGAAACUUUGUGGUGGAUCUUAACAGCUCAUUUAUUCCAGGUGGUAAGAUUUUGUGCAUUCUUUACAGAAUCCUAGUAUGAUGAUAGAUACCCUUAUAGGGGAAAUCUAGACUCAACCUAGGCAGUUUUACAGUCUAAGUCAGGAUUUGCAUAGUCUAAUCAAGUUGCCCCUUCUAAAACCACAUACCUGCCUACUUGUGGCCUGAAGAUGUAAAAGAAAAUGUGUUUAGCUAUGUGAAGCUAACAAAAAACAUGUUUACUAAUGCAUGUUAUUCUUGGUAAAAGAAAAAGAAAAUACUGUAUAUCACUAUGUAAAUUUCACUCAAAUGUGAAUUACGUUUAAGGGAUUGAAUGUGUUUUUUUCCAUAUGUGGUUGAGGUGCUGGUGGCAGUUGGCAAUACAUCAGGGAAAUAUGAUGGUCUUGCACUUAGUAUUUGUCACUCGAUGGUAUGUGUGGAUGUACAAUGUUUCCUUUGAGGAAUGCGUUAUUGCACAAUGCUAGGAGAUAAUCUUAUUUUGUGCUGCAGCCAAAUUGUAAAUAGUCAAACUGUGCAUCUGGUGUCAUAUUUGUGCAUUUUGUCUUGCAUUAUCUGUCUCAGUUGUCUUUAGAAUUUUUAAAUGUUCUUUCCAAUAUUCACAAAGCUUGUGUUUUAUCUUUUCUUUCUUUUUAUGUUAAUAUCGUGUGUCUGAAUCUCUCUCCGCUUUUUAAUGCUACUAGACAAAAAUAUCAUCCAAUCUAGUGUGAGAAAUGUAAAUAUGGGGUUUAAGGAUUCUUGCAUUGUAAUUAAAGAAAGCUUUGUAAUUGAAUGGAUUCAAUUCAGACAGGGCUGAACUGAAAACCUUCCACUAUACUGCAAUGUGAUAUUCAUGUAACAUAUUAACUGUAAACCAAUUUAAGACUCUCUCGCUAUAUAUAGACACAGAAAAAUGUAUUCAUGAUUUGCAUACUAUGAAGCAUUUGGUGUUUAAUUAGUUCUAUUUUCAUCCCCAUAUAUAUGCAUUAUUGUUUCUGAUGUUUUGCUUGAAUUAAUUUGUGUUUGCAAAUGGAUUUCCAGAGUCAUUUGUUUCCUUAUAAUUAUAUUUACAUGAAAGGAUGGCUAAUCACGAAGCAAAGAUAGAUGUUUAAAAUGAAUAUUGGAGCUGUCUGAACUUCAAAUAAAGUUUUACAUUAAUAGCAAAAACAUUGAAUGGUACUUUUUUUUUUUUUAAGUUGCGUUAUAAUGCAAGUAAAUCGACUGAAUGAUCACAAACAAAUCUUUUUUUGUGGCCGCUAGAGGGCAUCAUCAAAUUGUUAAGAGUAUUUACGGCAAUUCUUGUUUUGCUUUACAAAGAAAGGAAACUGCAACACUGAUGUAAUCAAGGAAUUAAAACAAAGGCGCGUGCACAGUAUGUCAUUCAUAAUCAUACCCCCCCCCCUCUUUUUUUUUUUUUUUUUACUAGAUAUACUACUAGAUAUUUUCUUUGUUUAAAAUAUAUAGUAUGGAGCUGAACCAUCACUGUUUGCCUAUGUGCCGAUUUUAAUCUUGUUUGUAAAAUUAAAUAUGGAGCUCUUUGAAAAAUAAAAACUGAACUGUGAGAAAUAUGAA